GUGAUAGAUCUUGUAAAUCCUACACAACACAAAGCCGGGAAAAAAGCUAUUUAUGAAGAGCUCACGAUUAUGAGACAGGAAGCCUAGAGCAAAUCGCUGUAUGCAAGAAGUAAUUCUGCUUCCAAACAAGGCGAGUAUUUACAUUGCACCUCUAGGCUUCGGUUCGGCACGAAGGGUAGAGAUUUAAGCAGCAAACUCAAAAUAGCAGCAGAGGAAAUAUCCCCCCUUGCGACGCUGGGUGGGGCUGUUGGCUACGGACCGGAAGGUUUCUCUGGCCACACCAGUUUUUCAGUCAGCAGCAAGCAAACACAGGGAGACAAAAAGCUGAUUGAGCUGCUCGUGAAGGACGGCGGGACGCAGAGCGAAGGAAAGGGGGGUUCAGAGACAGCAUCUCGCCACAGGAUUCCUGGCAAACACCGCUCUGCUUGGAUGCUGUAUAAAAAUGCCGGGAGCCACGGAGGAUGCCCCGAAAGGAUGGUUUUCCUGUAAAGUGAUGGCGGGCAGAGGCAUCAAAAGGCAAGUCAGCUUGCUUAUUCUCUGUGUAUGCGUGUGUCAAACCGGGUCUGAAACUCUCCGCUAUACUCUGGCAGAGGAAAUGGAGAGGGACUCCUUUGUUGCCAAUGUUGCAAAGGACCUGGGGGUUUCUCUUAGCCAGCUCGCUGCUCGCAAGGCCCGCGUUGUGCCCGAGGGGAACGAGCAAUAUUUCCAACUGAAUCAGAACACGGGAGUCCUGACAGUAAAAGAAACGCUAGAUAGAGAAGAGAUCUGUCCGCAGAGCGAUAUCUGCACACUCUUCUUUAAGAUAUUCUUUGAAAAUCCUUUGCAACUGAUCCGAGGGGAGGUGCAGAUUCUGGACGUAAAUGACAACUCCCCCGUGUUCCCGGAAAAGGAGGUGGUUUUAGAGAUUCUGGAAACGGCAUCUCCAGGGUCACGUUUCCCUUUGGAAAGUGCUAGGGACACUGAUGUGGGGAGUAACGGCCUGCAGAACUACAGCCUCGGGCCCAACUCGCAUUUCUCUCUGGAUCUCGGGACUGGGAAGGAUGGGGGAAAAUACGCAGAGCUUGUACUACAGCGGCAGCUGGACCGGGAAGACGAGACGGAGGUGAAUUUGCUCCUUACCGCCAUCGAUGGGGGCUCGCCAGCCAGGUCAGGCACGGCUCAGGUCCGGAUCGUGGUGUUGGAUGCCAAUGACAACAACCCUGUCUUCGGUCGGGAGGUCUACGAGGUACGCCUGGCCGAGAACAGCCCGCCGGAGCAGCUGGUGGUCAGAGUCGUGGCCGAGGAUCCCGAUGAAGGGUCCUACGGCAAAGUGCGGUAUGCCUUCACCCAGACGUCGGAGCGGUCCCGUCAGCUCUUCCAGCUGAACGCCGCCACCGGCGAGAUAUGGAUAUCAGGCAACCUGGAUUUCGAGGAAACGAAAAGCCACGAGAUGGUGGUGAGGGGCACCGACGGUGGGGGGCUGUCUGCGCAUUGCAAAGUGCACGUGGAGGUCCUGGACGUGAAUGACAACGUCCCGGAGAUAGCGCUCACCUCCCUCACGGCCUCCAUUCCCGAGGACGCCCCGCCGCAGACCGUGGUGGCCCUGUUCAGAGUGCGGGACCGAGACUCCGGGGACAAUGGGAGGACGGAGUGUGCGAUCGAAGGGGACUUGCCCUUCAGUCUCACACCCACUUUCGAUAAUUACUACGAGCUGCGAACGGACGCUGCGCUGGAUAGGGAGAAGACGGCUGAGUACAACAUCACCAUCACAGCCAUAGACUGGGGCACCCCGCGGCUGAGUUCUCAGGAAAGUAUCCUCGUGAAGAUAUCCGAUGUGAACGAUAACCCCCCGGAGUUCACGCAGGCGGUUUACACAGUGUCGGUGAAGGAGAACAAUGGCCCCAUGCUCCGAAUCGGCAGCGUGAAUGUGACGGACGCCGACGCUGGGAAAAACGCCCGCGUGAGCUACGCACUAGUGAGGGAGCAGGGGAAAGAGAAGCCCGAGGUGUCGGUCAACUCCGAGAACGGGGAACUUUAUAUCCUCCACCCGCUGGACUACGAGGAGGUGCGCGCCUUGCAGGUGGUCGUGCGCGCCGUCGAUGGCGGCUCGCCGCCGCUCAGCGCCGAGGCGGUGGUGCGCGUGGAGGUGCGGGACGAGAACGACAACGCGCCCGUCGUGCUGCACCCGCUGCCCAACAGCAGCGCGGCGGCGGGCGAGCUCGUGGCUCGC